AUGAAUAGCUGAAAACUUUCCGGAUUAUUCAGCAAUUACAAGACGCAUUUACUUGAAUAUAUUGACACUAGAAGUGAAACUGGGCAAGAUAUUGCGCGACUCUACCAAGUUGGAACCGUCCCGUUUUCCAACACGUACUUUCGAACAACAUAUUUUGAACUUAAAACUGGCUCAGUGAGGUAAUCGGAAUCAAAUGACAAAAUGGGAUUCGCGAAAGAAAACUUAUUGCGGAUACCGACCAUGGUCAAGAUCGGACAAGUAGUGCUUCUUUUCAUCACCAUCGGCGUCGCUCAAGGCGGCCACUCCCAUCCCGGCUUUGGCGGUGCCGUGAAUGCCUACAUAAAUGAUUCAACCAUUGAAGAUCAAGCUGUUCACUGCAUUGAAGACAAGCACUCGUACUUUUUCGGUGCCGGCAUCUGCAUGUGCUACCUGCUCAAUUGCUGCGUGCUGGUUAUUUGCUACCUCCUCGGCGAUACCAAGACUCAGUUCUCCAAAUUCGAGCUGGGGAUGUCCGUCAUUGGCAGCGCGUUGUUCCUGGCCCUGGCUAUGAAGCUGUUCGUGAGCAGCAGUGGCGACAGCACCGCCGGAGGAGAGGACGACACGGCCAAACUCAUCACCGAAGGAUGCUGCUGCGUGGGCGUCGCCGUGCUUCAAAUUGUCGACGCCAUAUUUAUACAUAUUCGCAUUAAAGACAACCCCACCGAUUGACACCAUAGGAGAGACGAAAGCAUGUGAUAUUUUGCCGCUAAAGAGCAGUGUCUGUUUUGCUAUUUAGGAGUGUUUAAAAUGCGUCUUGACGUUUCAUUGCCUUUGUGAAAACUGCUGAGAUAGGAACUGAAAAAUAAACCGCUUCAUAAUGUGUUAGUUUUUCAUGUGCAGGCUAGUCAUAAAUAGCGUGCAGUGUCAGAUUUAACUUUAAUUAGCAAGCGUAUAUUUUAUUAGGAAACUUGGCUCUCAGUCUCAUUUAAGAACACUGUGUAUUUAAGUGUAGACUAUCUCGAUGAAUUAUGCUAACAACUGAAAACUCUAAGUAUUACUGCAAAUAUUUUAACUAGAAGCUACCCAGGCGUAACUUCAACUUCCACCUCUAUGUCAGGCUGUAUCGGAUAUUACCUCUAGCUACAAUCUGCUGCCAGUUUCGCUAGUCACUUGUAUCGGACGACAGAGCUCUAUACACUCUAAGCAAAUACCGACGUCAUCCAUC